AUGCGUAAUAUGGAGGUUGCGAGGAUGGAUGAACCCGUAGCCAAGAGGCAAAAGCUGGCGAAUGGUGAUGCGAAAGGUCAGCGCAAGCCAGGCUCCUCACGCCUCUUCGCGCCAUACAGGACGAUUGGACUCGUCUCGCCUACCAGUGUGCCAUUCACGUCUGUACCACUCGGCAAGACGACCUUCCAGAUCACGACGUGUGUCGGGAGAAGUCUGCAGACAUAUGACCUGCGCAAAGGCUUGAACCUCGUCUUCAUCACGCGACCUCAAACGCCUGGUCAAAUCACUGCCAGCAUUGCAUGGAAAGACAAAGUGUUUGGAGCAUGGUCGGAGGCCGGAGAGGAUGGAGCACGAGGAGCAUGGGUAUUUAAGCGAGGGAAGAAGAUAGCAGACCUAGAAGUACCGAAAGGGUGGCGACAAGAUAUCAAGGCCUUCUGCUGCUUCGGAGGCUGGAUGGUUGGGGUAUGCGAUACUACCUUGCUCAUCUGGAAGACUGCAACGAAUGAGCUGUACACGACGCUGCAAGGCGUGUCGCCUGUUCACUUCACCAAGUGUAUCUCGAGCCUACCGACCUUCCUCAACAAAGUCGUCGUAGGACGAGAAGAUGGCAGCGCAGAAGUCUGGAAUGUCUCCAGUGGCAAGCUCGUCUACACUGUCCUGCCCCCAUCAACAUCUUUCGGAGCUGUGACAGCCAUCGAGCCUACACCUGCCUUGUCGCUUGUGGCCGUUGCAUACCAGCAAGGCCCUCUACUCAUCCACGAUGUUCGAGCAGACCAGACUGUCAUGCAGCUCAACAUGUCGGCAGGUGUGGCAAUCACAUCUAUCACAUUUCGCACCGAUGGCAUAGGUGCUGGAGAGGAUGGUCAGAAGCCAGGCGUUAUGGCUACCGCUUCUUCAUUAUCUGGAGAUGUCACGUUGUGGGACCUCAACGAAGGUGGUCGCAAAGCCGGCGUACUACGUUCCGCCCAUGCAGACCCUACACCGACCACGGCUGGAGGCAUCAGCAAGAUCGAGUUCCUGCCAGGCCAACACACCCUUGUCAGCAGUGGUCUAGACAACAACCUCAAGACCUGGAUCUUUGACCAGAUGCCCUUCUCACCUAUACCACGUAUCCUGCACCAUCGUGGCGGACAUGGCGCUCCAAUCACCAAUCUCGAAUUUCUUCCCACCUCGUCCGAUGGUGCUGACGAUACCGGCAAAUGGCUCAUGUCCGCCAGCCAGGAUCGAAGCUUAUGGGGCUGGUCAUUGCGAAGAGACAACCAAAGCCAGGAACUAAGUCAAGGCGCCUUGCAGAGCAAAGCACGCAAGCAGGGCUUACUUUCCGGUCAAUCGCGAGAUAAAUUGCAAGAACUGAAGUGUCCGCCGAUCACGGGUAUGGCGUGUAGUCUAAAUCGUGAUGGUGGUAUGGGUGCUGUUCCAGGCAAUCAUGGCAUCUGGCAGAAUGCCAAGAGCGGCAAGAAAGUCGAUGCAGAGAUUUCUGGCAUGACUGGCUGGGAGAGCGUCAUCACUGCGCAUCAAGGCGACCAUAAAGCACGAACAUGGUUCUGGGGACGGAAACGUGCUGGACGAUGGGCAUUCCCUACCAGCGACGAGAGCCCUGUGACUUCCGUUGCAGUCGAUCCCUCCGGCACGUUCGCUGUCGUGGGAAGUCAGAAGGGCGGCAUAGAUAUGUUCAAUCUGCAAUCUGGCAUCCAUCGACAGAGAUUCCCUGCCCGCUUGGCGCCGAUGCAGGCGAAGCAGUUGAGGAUAGACUUGCAGAAGACCGGAUUCGAAGAAGAAAGGACUGAGGACGGCAAGAAGAUCUUCUAUCGAGGACAAGGGAAGCAUGGCGCUGCUGUGGUGGGACUAGCUGUGAACAACCUGAACAAGACGCUCGUCUCCGCCGGCGAGGAUGGGAAGGUGAAAUUCUGGGACUUUAAUUCUGGACUUCUGGUACACCAGCUUGACUGGACGGCAAGUACGGGGAUCUCAUCAAUGCGCUUUCAUCGCGCAGCGGACCUCGCUGCUUUUGCUUGCACAGAUGGCUGCGUAAGGGUAGUGGAUAUCAGUACGCAUAAACUCAUUCGUGAGCUCUGGCCUUCGCGGCCAUCACUUGCGGAGCUACAGAGUCUUACGAUCAGCGAUCUGACAUUCUCACCUGAUGGUCACUGGAUCGCUGCAUCUCUCAGUAGUAUCAUCCUGCUCUGGGAUCUUCCUACCGGCCAUCUAAUCGAUGCCUUUAAGCUUCAGACGACCUGCGUGAGCCUGGCGUUCUCACCUACUGGCGAAUACCUAGCAACAGCUAGAGAAGGCAGUGUAGGCGUAGAUGUCUGGAGUAACAAGGCUCUAUUCAUGCACGUACCUACCCGGCUGAUCGGCAAGGCCGAAUUGGAGACUAUUGUGCAGGCACAGGAAUCACAAGCACCAACAGCCAGUGGCGAAGGCGGCAAAGCGCUGAUCACACUAGACAACGAAGACGAAGAGACUACCGAGGACGAACCUCUCGACCUAGAUCUCGACGCCGAACCCGACAUCGACCAGCUCUCCUCCGACCUCCUCUCCCUCUCCAUGGUCCCUAGAUCCCGCUGGCAAAACCUCCUCCAUCUAGAUCUCAUCCGCGUCCGCAACAAGCCAACGGAAGCACCCAAGAAGCCGGAGAAGGCACCAUUCUUCCUCCCUUCACUACAGGAUAGACAAGCUGCACCCGGUGCUGCGACUAGCAGUAAAGACCCGAGAAAGACGACUGGUGGAGCCGAGCUAGAGCAAGAGAGAUCCCAAGUCCUGACCCAGCAGCAUCGUCAGAAUGGUAGCCGUGAGGGUCUCAGCGACCUCCUUCGCUCCGCUGCGGAGACUGGACAGUAUACUGAAGUGAUCGAACAUCUCAAGGCACUCCCACCAGCCGCGGCAGAUAUCGCUCUCCGCUCCCUCUUUCCCUCUCCCUCCAGCGGAGAAAUGGUCACGUUCGUCCAUGCUCUCACGUGGUUGCUAAGGGAAAGAAGGGAUUUCGAGCUCGGACAAGUGUGGAUGGCGAGGUUUUUGGGGGUGCAUGGGGAUAUUGUCGUUUCUGGUGAUGCCGCUGGUGGGGAUAAUGAUGGUGAUGAUGGUGGUGAGGAGGAAUGGGGUUUAAGGAAGGCGGUGGAGGUUUGGAGGGGGGUUUGUGAGGGGGAGCGGAAGAGGGUUGGGAGGUUGGUGGGGUAUUGUGCUGGGGUUGUGGGGUGGGUGGGGAGGGGGAGGGUGUAG